CCCCCAAGAAAUACAAAACACCCUGAACUCUCGUUUCAGGGGAGGAGGAGGAGGCUGUCGACUUGUGGAGGCGUGCGGGAAAAGAUGCCGCCGCCGGCGACCCCUGCCCCGAGCGCCGCGGUGCAACCAUGCCUGAGGACGCACGGAAAGGAGGUCGCUAGGCUGCACCUGUUCGACUGGAUCGUGCUGCUCCUGCUCGUCGCCACGACCGGCGCGCUCGGCCUGGUCCAGCCGUUCCACCGCUUCGUGGCACAAGACAUGAUGUCGGACCUCCGGUACCCCAUGAAAGGCAGCACCGUGCCCGACUGGGCCGUGCCGGUCAUUGCCAUCGUUGUGCCGAUGGUUUUCAUCGUCGGAACAUACAUCAAGAGGAGGAACGUCUAUGACCUGCAUCACGCUACCCUUGGCCUCCUGUUUUCCGUUCUUAUAACUGCUAUCGUGACCGUUGCGAUCAAGGAUGCGGUUGGGCGGCCGCGCCCGGACUUCUUUUGGCGCUGCUUUCCUGAUGGAGUGCCGAAGUACAACAACGUCACCGGAGAUGUGAUAUGCGACGGUAAACCGGGCGUAAUCAAAGAGGGGUACAAGAGCUUCCCGAGUGGGCAUGCUUCAGGUGCUUUUGCUGGGCUGGGAUUUCUGUCAUGGUACCUGGCAGGCAAACUGAAGGCCUUCGACCGAAGAGGCCACGUCGCCAAGCUCUGCGUCGUUCUUCUGCCACUGCUUAUGGCAACAAUGGUUGCAAUAUCGCGGGUUACUGACUACUGGCACCACUGGCAGGAUGUGUUUGCUGGUGGAGUCCUUGGAUUGGUGGUUGCUUCGUUUUGCUACCUUCAGUUCUUUCCGCCACCCUACAGUGAACAUGGAGUUUGGCCUCAUGCAUACUUGGAGCACAUUCGUCGUCCUGAGGGUGAAAUGCAAGGGCAAUCAACAACAAACUCAAAUAUGCACCAUAACUCACUGCCACUUGAUCUUUCUGGAUCAAAUGAGACGAGAACCACCAGCCAUGCACUGGAUUCCGUGGAAGAAGGGAGCAGAGAUCAGUGACAGAUGAAUGCAUGGUUUCCAUUUAUUUAUUUCAUUUUAUUUUUGUAAUGCAGUAUGACUUCAUACCAUGGCACUACGUGAAUAAAAUAUGUCAAUACUGACGGGCCAAUAACCGCCAAU